CAGGUGAAGAGUUGCCCACCCAUCCCAUCCCUCCCAUGUGCCCUGCCGCCCGCUCGUGUUCGUCCGCGUCCUCGUCCUCGCCUCGUCGCCCGUGUCGCCCGCGCGCCCGCCCGCGCGCGCGCUCCCCGCCAAGAUUUCGCCACGCCACGCCACCACCUCCGCCUCCGCCUAUAACCUCGCCGCACGCGUGACGGGAGCGCAUCGCCCCCUUCCCUUCCCUUCCCUCCCCAUCCAGGCACGCAGGCGCGCGCGAGAGAGAGCGAUGGGAGCGGUGGUGGCCGCGGCAGCGGCGGAGAUGAGGCGCACUGGCCGCUGCGGCGGCGGCGGAGGCGGGGGCGGGGAGAAGAAGGGGGCGAAGGAGGAGGGGGUGGUGGUUGCGGCGGAGGCGGCCGCCGAGAGGGGGCGGCGGCUGCGGCUGGUGGGGUACGACGAGCUCCCGGACUUCCUGCGCGACAACGAGUUCAUCCGCGGCUACUACCGCGCCGAGUGGCCCCUCCGCGACGCCGCCCUCAGCGCCUUCUCCUGGCACAACGAGACCCUCAACGUCUGGACCCAUCUCGGUGGGUUCCUGCUCUUCCUGGCGCUCGCGCUCGCCGGAGCCGCCGGCGACGCCGCCGCCGACGUCGCGCCGGGGAUCAUCAGGUUUGUGGUAGGAUCAACCAAUGCUUCUUGGCAGACUAACGAUCAUUCGGGCGCGGCGAGCCAUGACGCCGCGGCGGCGGCAGCGGCGGCGGCGGUGCUGGGCGGCGGGCACGGCGUGCCGCGGUGGCCGCGGAUGGUGUUCCUGGUGGGCGCCAUGACGUGCCUGGCGAUCAGCGCGACGGCGCACCUGCUGGCGUGCCACUCCAGGCGCGCCAGCGUGGUGUUCUGGCAGCUCGACUACGCCGGCAUCUCCGCCAUGAUCGUCGCCUCCUUCGUCCCGCCGGUGUACUACGCCUUCCUGUGCCACCGCCCGGCGCGCGUCGCCUACCUCUCCGCCAUCUCGGCGCUGGGCGCGCUCGUCGUCGGCGCGCUGCUCUCGCCGCCCUGCUCGUCGCCGCGGUUCCGGCGUCUCCGCGCCGCGCUGUUCCUCGCCAUGGGGCUCUCCGGCGUCGUCCCGGCGCUGCACGCGCUGUGGCUCAACUGGGGCCACGCCGCCUGCUACCUGGCGCUCUCGCUCGAGGUCGCCAUGGGGCUCGCCUACGCCGCCGGCGCCUGGUUCUACGUCAGCCGCGUGCCGGAGAAGUGGCGCCCGGGCGUCUUCGACGUCGUCGGCCACAGCCACCAGAUCUUCCACGUGCUCGUGCUCGUCGGGGCCGUCACGCACUACGUCGCCGUCGACGUGCUGCUCAACUGGCGGGAGACGGUGGCCGCCGCGUGCAGCGCGACGUCGUAGGCGACUCUCCUCUCCUAGGCAUUUUGCUCAUUGCGUUUUGAUGAUUCAAACAAUAUUCAAAUUUAGAAGAAUGGAGCAGUGUUAGAUGAGAUUCAGGAUCAGGGUGUGUGACCUUGUGUCAUUCGAUCGAUCGAACAUCUAUAUGUGAUGAAUUGAGGACGAUGAAGAAAUUGAUUUACAGUACAAAAAAGGUCGUGCCUCCAAAUCCCGGUGAACUUUGGAAGUUUUGGUUUCCUUCAA